UGCUUUACAUCAUUUGACUUGAAUAGUUCACCGUAUGCACGUGUGACGAGACAGUUUGGUUAUGACUUAAAAUGACACGUUUGUCAUUUGGAAUAAAAAUAUAGUCAUAACGUUUGUUAACAUACGAGUAACAACGUUUUGAAUGCAGAUACUUCAGAUGACGCGAACUGGAUAUUGCCGUCUUUGAUGUUUGAUUUUUUCUUUCUACCCAAAACGAAAGGAAACCAUUUCACUGACCUGCAACAUUUGACAGUAGCUGAACCUUCCCAUCCUGGACUAAAUCGAAUUACAGGCACACAUGAGAGAGACCACAAACGACAAUGUCUAAGAGACAGAAAUCCGAGUCCAGGUCUCGCUCUCGGUCGGCCUCCAGAUCAAGAUCCCAUUCUUAUUCCCGCUCCCGCUCCAGCUCCAGAUCUAGGUCAAGAAAGCGCAGAUAUAACUCUAGGUCUCGCUCUCGGUCAAGAUCCCAUUCCCCGCCCCACAACCGUGAACGGAACCACACACGGGAGUACCAGAACCAACGGGAGUUUCGAGGCAACCACAGAGGCUUCCGGAGGCCAUAUUACUUCCGGGGCAGAGGUCAGGGCUUUUUCCGUGGACGCUUUCAGCGUGGUGGAAGGGGUGGAUAUAAUAAUAACUACCGUCACAAAAACUGGCAAAAUUUCCGGCAGUACCCUCAGCAGCAACAGAAGCAGUACCACUCCAACAGCCCCAAGAGGGGCCGUUCACGCUCUCCCAAGAAGCAGUUGAGCAGCCCGCAGUCCCGCAGCCAUUCCCGCCGCUCUGACAGGUCAUCCUCAGGGAGAUCGCCACAGUCGCACCAUUCUUCCUCUUCCACCUCUGGGUCUGCCAAACGCAGUUGCAAAGAUGUAAGAGAGGACGUCUCAGUGCCCGAAGAAAUUCAAGGAGGGGGAGAUGGGGCUCUGGCAGAGCAGGUGGGAGGUUCUUCUUUGGCCGAAGGGAAUGCUGAUGGAGACAGGACUUUGGAGAGCUCUCAGGUUUUGACAAACAGUGACACUAGUCCUAAAAGGACAAGUCCAAAGGUUUGCUCCUCUGUCACUAAUGAUGAACCGAUUGACUCUGCAACCAACGAGACAAGUCCUGCUCAUAAGAAUUCAAAUGCUCCGAAUAAAGGUGCCACCACCUGGCAGAAUGUUACAACUGCACCUUCAAACAACAGCCCCAUAAAGAAAAGCCUUAGCCCAGUUUUCAAUGGUUUUGGGCUCUUUACAAAUAUUGACCAACAAACAGAGGAUACAGUUUCUAUCUCCGCUGCAUUUUUGAAUCAGUAUAAGAGUGGAAGUAACACAAUAACUCCUGUGUGCGUGCCAGACAAAAAAUUCCUGGAGGAGCAAAACGUUAAAAAACAGGCCUCUGCAUGGGAGAACAACACACACAAAAGGAAAAGUAACGGAGAAUUAGUAUGUGAUAAAGAAAAUGGAGGAGUCAUUGAAAAGGGCAUUGAGUUGUCUCCCACUGUAGAUCAUGACAAUGCAGGAGAGAAGGAGAAAUGCAAAUCUGCAAAGAGUGGUGAUGGUAACAAGUUAUCCAUAAGCACCCCUAAAAUGGGUCCACGAAACGGCCCAACAUUUCUGUGCGAGGAUGGUGAGGACGAUGAUGAAGAAAGGGAGAUCUCUGAUAGGGUGAGGGAUAUGGAAAACAAUCCCUCCAAAAGCAAAAGCAAAGUCACGCUGUCCGCUCAAGAAAUGUUCGAGAAGCGAAUCAGGAGGAUGCAGGACAUGGCAUGGGAUGAUGAGCUGGAAGCUCUCCUGCUCUGUCAUAAACAGGAAAGAGCAGCGAAUAUCUUAGCUGCUCUCUCUAAGAGAGACCAGCUGAGUAGCAUGCUUAAGGAUCCCUCCCCUGAAAAGCUCUCAAAUGUGAAGCGAAAGGAGAAAACUGCACUAAGUUCCUUAUCUAAACCCACACUGCUGCCCAGGAGAAGUUCUGAAAGCCGUGAGCAAGAGAUGUUUGUGGUUAUGAACGAGGAAUCCCCACCAAGAGCUUCCAUGAAAAGAGGAAGUGAAUUCGGUGUAAGGAUGGAUUCUCUCAGUGAUGACCUCGCAAGAACAUCUGUUUUGACCAACGAAAGAAGGAAUCUUCUGGAUUUUGUGCAUCUUGAUAAAAAGGACUGGGAGUUUCAAUCUGUCCUUCAGCAUCUUCAGGCUCAGCAAACACCUAGAAGCCCAUCUGAGCUGUUUGCCCAACACAUAGUCUCAAUUGUCCAUCACAUUAAAGCUCAAUAUUUUCCUUCUUCUGGAUUGACCCUAAAUGACCGCUUUGCCAUGUACCAGAGAAGAGCUGCUGAGAAAGAAUUCAUUAAGCAGAGAAAGAGUCCAGAGAUACACAGGAGAAUUGAUGUUUCUCCCAGUGCUUUUAAGAGGCACUCUCUUCUGUUUGAUGAGAUGAAAAGCACCAUGGAAAACAGCUUCAAGGUCGAUGGUAAAAAAUCUAAAGGUGAUUCAAUGGACCUUCGGCUGGAUAUUGAGCGCAGAAAGAAAUACUCGAGUGGAGAGAGAGAGCACAGAGAGGAAGAGUACGGAGGAAGAGUAUCGGGGGAACCUCCCGAAUCAAGAAAGGAAACAUCCACAGAGAAAACCUCAAAGAACCACAAAAAAACAAAGAAAAGCAAGAAGAAACGGGAGCGUUCUCAGUCAUCUUCCUCAUCUUCCUCUGUUUGCCAUGAAGAAGAGGCUGAGAUCAAGCCAGAAGGCUUAUCCAGAGACCAGAUGGGGUUUAGGGAGUAUGGAGAGCCUGCGGAGAGAGGAAGGGCACGAGGAGGCUUUCAGCUUAGCAUCCGUGGUAGAAGUUGGAACCGAGGAAAUUUCCAUGGAAACAGCAACGGUGAUUCACAGAUGAACAUGUCAGCAAAGAAUGAAGACUGGGUUCAAGAAUACACUCCCAAGAGCAAGAAAUACUUCCUACACAGUGAAAGAGAUGGUGAAGGUGAGAGAAAGCUGAUGAACACACGGGGAUGUGGCCGCGGUAAUAUUGUUCGCACAAAGGGACGUUUCAUCCUCCGGAGGGCCACAAAUACCAACACCACCAAUAAUACGAGUCCUAAAUGGGCCCAUGAUAAAUUCCAGGCCACUGAUGAUGAGGGCGAACAGCAAGGAGAUGAUGUAGAACAGGACCAGUGAGAAUGAAGCAGUAAAGACUUUGACAGGACCUUUGAGAACAAGGAGAUCAUGCUUUAAACCCUGGGAUAAGACUUGCCGGCCUUCACACUGUCAUGAAUGGAUAUAAUAUCUGCAUCCAAAUCUUUUUUUAUUGUAUUGCUUUUUUAUUUCCUAUUUUCUUGAUGGUUGUGUCAGCUUGGUGGUGAUUUUGUUGUUUUUUGUACAUGCAAAUUAGCACACCUUCAUAGAAAAACAUAUAUUAUGGAGUUUAAAUGAAAUUUUUAUAGGAGCAUGUUCAUCUAAUCAUGACAGUCACUGAUAAAACUGUUCCAACUUCACACUUAUUUUCUAUCCCUAAAUCUCUGAAAGAAUUGGCGCUCAAGCGCCUCUAUUGAGAAUCCUGUCUCUUUUUUUGCACAAGACUUUUGAAACAUGCAAACAUAAAAUACACAGAAUAUAUUAUGCAAGUUUUGAAGUAGUGAUAGACCAAUAUAUAGGCUAGAUACUUGGCCAUUUUGAGGCUAUUAUUAUAACCAUAUCAACUUAAUUAAUGGAAGUUUUUCAAAUUCUACUGACAGCUUUGUCUAUGGACAGUAAGAAAUUUCAUUUUUUGUGUGUGUGAAUUGUGAUUUAAUGUUACAAAUACAGUACAGCUCAUUAUAUCGUCCGAUGACCAUAUAUACCUGUCAUCGGACACUCUAAUUUCUAGAUGUUGAUAUCGGCUAUCAAAAAACCUGUUUUAGUCGAUCACUAGUUUGGUAUGUGCCUAAAGCCGGGUGCACACUGUAAGAUUUAUAAUAGUCCUUUACGACUGUUGCUUCUCAGACUGUUUGAAUAUGUUCCCUGCUGUAAGCCAUGUCAAACUGUAGGAUCCUAGUUGUCAUAAAUGUCAGACUGUACAGCAAUCAAGACGCGUUAAAAAUGGACGCACACAAGAAGACUCAUCCAGAGUUUUACCUCAUCAAUCCGUGACACAUUCAAUGACGUGAGCUGCGUUUACAUGCGGGAUAUAAAUGGGGGGCUAGCAAACAAAAACAAUUUUUAGCAUUGCUCAUGGCUUCUUUUGAAAAGAAAACGGGGAAAAAAAUGAAGACGAUGUGUGUGGAGCAAGUGGUGGUUCGUGGUGGUUGUUUUCUCACUAAUUGCCUCAUCAGGUUUGGCGCUUCUUUUGUUUUUUGAUUUGAACCUUGUCGUAGGAGAAGUCAUACUACAUGACUGUGCUUCAAAACGUUUGACACUGCCAGAAUUUCAUCUGAGGUAAAAUUUGUUGGUGAACAUGUCAAAAUAACAAUUAAAGACUUCAGAUUUUGACCUAGGAUCUGAGGAAUCAUUUAGGAUUCACAAAAUUUGUGUCCGACUGCCAAAAUCGUACAGUGUGAACCCGACUUAAGAUGUGCCAUAGUGCCUAUAGAACUAUAGCUGGUUAUGUUCUCUGUUUUUGCCUUAAGAAAGGACAUUAUUGCUGUUAAAAAAAAAAAUAUAGAUGUACAUAUUGACAUUUUGUGGGCUUAAAUGAAACUCUUUGAGACCCUUGUGUGUCUGCCUAUAGAAACAAAGAUCAUAAUUUAAUGACUUAUAUGAAUGACCCAGUCUCUCUAUGGGACCAAACUACAGCAGGUAAACAUGUGAAUUCCCAGUGAAUGACAUGUGGGGAAAAAAAGACUUACAUUUAUCCAACUGCUAGUCAAAGUUGUCAACUUUAAAACUGGACACACAGCAUACAAAAAAGUUAAAAAUACAUGUACUUACAAAUGUUUUGAAGACUGUUAGCAAAUCUUUGAUUUCUCGAGGUGCAAGGUUUUGACAAUAUGUGUGUGCAUAUUUUAUUAUGGGUUUUCUAAUGUGUCUUGUCUUCAAAUUGUAUGCCUUUUUUCUAUUGGCUAAGCACCUUCUUUAGAUGGAGUAAUCAAUUUGGCAUUUAGAUAUUUUAAUAAAAAGGUUUAUGUUGUGGGGAAUUUGUUUUUGAAGAGUUAAAAAUAUGGGGGGACAUGAAUAAUUUACAUUCAUACUUAACAUUAGAUCUUAGUUGUCUGGGUUCUGAUUUGCACUGUGUCUGAUAUAUACAUUUGACAUGCAUUUAUAUACUCACAAUCAGAAAGAAUAAAAAAAAGAAACAAUUUUG